ACGCGGUCCGGGAGGUGAAUACUCCGGGAAUAUUACGGAGUGUCUGGUCACCAUGAAGUGUUGUUGUCCGUUAUAGUAGAACACAAUGUGAUAACGCCAAACACCAAGCGUGGGUCUUUAUUGCGGAAGUUCUCGAGGCUGGUCCAAGGCAUUACAUUAUAGACAUUACCUACCCUAUGUGAACGCAUCCAGGCUGAGGUGAUGCCUGCACAGGUGGGAACACGUUGGAUACCUACAUCGGGAGAGAAAUAACACACAAACCCUAGUUGUGGUGAGUGACAAUGGUCUCAGAUUUCCUCACACUAUCUGGAACAUAUUUACCUUACGACCCACCACCCCCGAGCUCAGUGCCCAACGGGUAUUAAACAGAUUUUCAUGGGAUUUAUGCAUUGGAUUUUGACCUGAUUUCACUUGAUGUUUACCAACAUGUGAUGUUAAUGAGGGAUAUAUGUGUAUGUGACUUUGUCGGGUCGGACCAGGAACAUUGGACAGGUAUACGACAGGGAAACCGGUAUACUGAUGAUAAUUUCAGUUAAUCGCCAGCCGAAAGGAAAGGUAUGCAACGCCAGUACCACCAACAGGCCGAUACAUUACCAUUGAUCGUGGAAGGAGAGCCGAUUGGGAGCCCGUGAAGUGUUUCCGAGGGGCUACCCCGGGUAGUUCGGUCGAUAAGCCGCCUGGAAUCUUCUAAGAUGGGUUAAUGUACAGCAAAGGUCUAAGACAGAACAUGAAUGAAUGGAUUGAGAUUUCUGUCGAAUAUAGGAAUGGAUAAAAACAAAAUGUAAUAUGCCAAGUCUAAUCAAACGCCUGUCAAAUGACAAGACACAAUCCCCCAGGGAGGCUGUCCAGGACUCUCCGAUCCGCCAACCACCGGAACCUCAAGUAAAUAGUUGGGUAAUAGACUCAUCCGAUCUCCCGCCAAAUCCAGGAGGUGGGGAUGCUCAGCAGACGACUCGUUCUCAUCAACAUGAGGGGUCGUCAGGUCAUCAGAUUGAAGCCAACCAAAGACAGGUUCAUGUGUCACCCUCUCGUAACCUUCAUAGCUUCGGAACUUCGCCAAGUCGGGCUGGUGCAAGGUCCAGAAUGAUGGCACCUUCACUUUCUCUUCCCGCCAAAACAGGCCGAUCUCGUGGUGCCCCCCGGAUACGGUACAAUCGAACACCCGUCCGGUUCACUGUGUGUGGCGAAUGGGCGCUCAAGGAAUGCGAGGAUCAUACUACUUGGGCUAAUGAGCUUCUGAAAUCUGACAACCCAAAAGAUAAAAGUGUUCCUAUAGUGGACCUAAGGAAAAGUGUCGGGGACGGAACAACCCUGGUCACCCUCACAGAGAAAGUCUAUGGCAGCACUGUGCCCGGUGUCCAGGAGGAGAUAACUUGUAAAGGGGACAGAACAGAAAACAUCUCUCAUUGCUUGACCUUCCUACAGUCACAGGGCGUGGACUUGGCUGGGAUUGAUGCUGAUGAUUUAGCUGAUGGAAAUUUAAAAUCUGCUUUGCUGCUGGUUGGAAACAUACGAAGCCAUUUGGAUCUGAAGAAAGGUGAGAGCCAGGCUACCAUUCAACAUGUACCAGACCAAACCCCAACAGACAAAAGAGGGGUAGCCAUGCCUGGCACUGUCACCCACAACCCAGGGGCUCACGGUUUGAGUAACGGCACUACAGUGCGGAGGACAUUCAUUACCUCAGCAGAGGACUUGUUACCUGGCUCUCUGUCUACCAACAAUGAACGCCAGGGAAUGCACGAAACCAUCAUUUCGAUGACAGAGCUGGGAUCUAAUGGUGUGUCCCAGCACGGUGUGGACGGUCGACAGGACCAUAGUUCCAACAACAAUAACAAUAUACGUCGAUCCCGCCCCCUCAGCGCAGGGGCCAAACCCCCCGGGACUCCCACCCCUAAACCCAACACCCAGCCUGUCCCAGGGACAGUCUCUAAUGCAUGGACUACUGAAGGUCAAAAAUCAAAGGGUGUUGACCGCUCAUCACUAUCUGUGGAAGACAGAUUAAAGUCACUAAUAGGCUCACCAUCAACCAACAACUCCACACGUGAUCUCCACCAUGCAUCCAAGUCAUUUGAUGAUGGAGAGCUGCUCCUUCCCCCACCCCCACAGCCCAAGAGUAAGAUGGGUGUGACAGUACAGGGGGGUGGGGGCUACAGCCGUUACCCCGGGGAAGGCCAUUACAACAACUCGUAUGUGCCCUCUCAGCCAGAUGAGCGAUGGCAGGGCUCUCGCUCUGAAGCUAUCCUAGACCGACAACAGAUGGGGGCGGGCCCACCAGAACAGGGGGAGGGGAACAGGUACUGGCCUCACCCUGGGGCUAACACUAACCCAGCCUUCUCAGACAUACCCAGCGCUUUGGACAGAUCCCCGGGACCUCCCAUAAACAGAAAUCCAAUGGGAGGAUCUGAGCUGAGGGACGCUUGGAAUAAAAUGUAUGGUCGUCCAGGGCGACCAGAAAUGCCAGGAAUGUCUCGACCUGUCAACAGUCCAGCCAAGAACAACCAGUACCCCCACCUACAGCAAGUUGUACUACCUGCUGUCCCAUCCCCACAUGUUAGUAGUGAUUUACCUGGACGUUACAGUGCACCGGCCAUCACAAGUUCAAGGACAAGUCCUAUGGGCCAAAGUUCAAGUACCCAAGGUCAGGGGUCAAAUUCUAGUCAUUCAGGAUUGGAAGUGGACACAGGUGUGUCAACGUUUCAGACCUUCGGGAAAUCCUCUGAUCAAAGUGAUAAUUCGCCCUCCCAGAGUACAUCCCCAUCAGGACUGACAAUAGGGCCAGCUUCAAAAUAUCCUGACAACGGUGGUAAUAAACCUAUUGUUAGACACAAACCAGGGGUGCCACCAAAGCCAUUCAACCGUGAGGACCUCAGGGACAGUAGGACCAAGUCACCAGCAAGUUUCAGUGCUGACUACAGAGAGGAUGUUCCUCCUGUGGGACUGAAGUCUAAGAUCACCGGCAGGUCUAUCACUCCAUUUUCUAUGAACGAUCCAUUUGGGAGGGAGAGUAACUAUAACCAGACAUUUACAAACGGUGGUUUUACCACCAGUACGUUGGGCAGUGAGGGCCCAGGGGAUGUUCAGGCCAGUAUAUUUGACUAUGUGACCCCUAGUGAGGCAUCUUCCCGGUCAGUAACCCCUCCCCUCCCUCCCUUGUCUAACUCAGAGUCAGAGUCAGAACUCUCCAGUCCACACGUGUCACCACGGCUACAACGUUCUGCUAGUGCUGACAUAUUCUCAACACAAAAGACUCCAGACCUUCUGAGUAACACACGGCCAAACAACGACCCCAGGUCACGAAAGGGACCAGCCUCCCACUUAAACUACCGCCAAGACAGGAAACACUCCAGAGGCCAACGGUUUGGAAAACCUCCAACAGGAAGAAUUCUUAUCAAUGGUCGCAUGGAGGGGGGUUUCACAAAUGAUUUACGUGAAUCUGCUGGUGACGAGAGUGAUCUGCCCUUCGAUAUAGAGGAUACCAUUUUAACAGUGGAAUCUCAUGAUACAGAGCCAGUAAAACUCCGUGAUUUUCCACAGCCCCCUGGAGAUAUAGACAACAUGAAAAACAAAAUGGACAAUUUAGAGGGCAUGUACCAGGAUAUUAUGAAAGUGUUAGGUGUAGACAGGGAAACUGUUACCACAGUGAUGAACCGUGUACCACGGCGACGGUGGAGUAUUGGAAGCUCUGACACCAGUUCUUUACGGAGACCUGUGAAAAAAGGUCGUGGUUCAAGUACAACAACAAAUAUGGGAGGUCAUCAUCGUCAUCAUCACUACAGUCACAGGGACAUCAAAGCAAUAAACCGGAGAUUCCAGCGACUUGAAUCGCAUGUGGUGACGCUAGCGCGAAGUGUUGCUCACCUUUCGUCUGAGCUACGCUCCCACAGUGCUAUGUCACACGAACUUGAGGCACUACGCAAGGAGAUACGCGAGGUCAGGGACAUUAGACAGACAGCUGCACAACGCACACCAAUGUUACACGAACUAAACGACCUGGACAGGUUCCGGGGAUGGGUGCCAUCACUUACCAACCCUAAGAGAGUCAACAAACUAACAAAAUUUUUUGGCCAAGAACCACCACUCCUUCAGCUAUUCUUGAAGAAGCUUGGCUAUGAGAAAUACUCCAGCAACUUUGAGAAUGAGCACAUCGGUAUGAUUGAGCUGCCCUACAUGACGGAGGAUCGCCUGGAGAAGAUCGGUGUACCUAUGGGGCCACGUCUUCGUAUCCUGCAAGAGGCACAAAUGUGCUUCAGGCAGGAAAACUUCAACAUCUACAUAGUAUGACAGUGGCCACCAAUUCCGUAAAAUAACUCAUCAAUGUAUCAGGCAAGCCAUACCUGGAAUCUGUGUGGGUCUUCCUCUGAUGGUCAGGCUGACAUAUAAAGUUUUCAAAACCGAAAUGCAGGCGAUGACCAAUAAAAACCACUGUCUGUCCACCAAUGAAGAUGUAACACCUUCUAGCUUGGUGCGUCACAGAAGUGGUAGCUCUCUUUGUCCAGUAUGUGGUACAACCGUGUAGGGAGUUGUAAUAGAACAUCUAGUGCUAAUGACAUGUUUCAUUACCAAGUAGUUUAGAUCAGGUUUCCUUUGAGGAAGGUGAUUAAUCAGGUGUACUUGUCUCAGGUAGAUACAUCACAUGAAAUUGUGUUCAGACUGGACCGUCAAAACAGUGUUCAGACUGGACCGUUGAAACAGUGUUCAGACUGGACCGUCGAAACAGUGUUCAGAUCCGACUUUUGGAAGAGUGUUCAAACUAGACCUUUGGAAGUGUUCAGACUGGACCGUCGAAAUAGUGAACUGCUCCAACUUUCGAAAGUGUGCAGAUGGUACGUUUUGGACGAGUGUUCAGAUCGGACCUUUUGGAACUGUGGUCAGACCGGACACGUGGAAUAGUGUUCAGACCAGACCUUAAGAACAGUGUUCAGACCAGACCUUUGGAACAGUGUUCAGAUCGGAGCCUUGAAACACAAUUUUCAGAUUGGACCUCUGGAACAGUGUUUACACCAGACAUAGUAAUAACAGUUCUGGAUGAAAGCAGAUUCAUAAACAUUUAUAUUUGCUGUUCAGUCAUCUUGUGUUAUGUAUGGCAUGGUACAAGUUUUCCAUUCUGUAUGACUGCAGCAAUCUAAGUAUAGCUAUUCCCGACUGUAUGACCGUCAUAGACAGAGGUUCAGUCAUCUUUUACAACUUAUCCAAGGAACAAACUGUCCAUUCUGUAUGACUGUCACAAUCCAAUGAUAGCUAUUCCUGACCACACAACUGCCAUAGACAGGACAGCUAUUCCCCAUUCUGACAGUACUCUAUACGGAGGAUAAGAACUGUCCAGUAUAUUUAAUGCUCAUCCUAUUAUGAUACCGUCCACAUUAAAAGUGCUUCAUUGUAAUCCUCUUCCACCCCCAUAUAUGACAAUAAUAAGGGCAGCACGCUGUAUAGCACCAUGGUGCAAUUCUCUCCAUUACUACCAAGCUACUCAACCUAUACCGGUAAGUUUAUUAUCAGAUGUUAAGGCAAGGUAUAUAUAUAUUCCCCGUUUCUCUCAUUUCUGUACUACCUACCCCACUGUAGUAAACAUACCAGCAGACUACCAUCUGUCCUAUAUAACACACUGAAAAUGAAAUUUAACAAGUACAUGAGGGCCAAGGAGAACAAAAUUACUGAUUGAUUUCCACAAAAUGAGUUGGUUUAAAACCCAAAUACUACCCCUAUCCAAUUUUCGUUCCAUUUAACUGGGAAAUCCAUUUGCUCUAUAAUUUGCUGUUCAUAUAUUGACACACUGCUGCUCUGUCCUCGAGUCAAAACCAGGGGACAUUCAGGACUGAAAAAAGUUCCAGAGCAUUUCAGAAUUUGUUCUUUCUCACUGAGUGGCCUUGUUCAAAUCAAGUGUCAAGAGAUUGUUUUAUGCAAAUGCUCAGGAGCGUUUUUAGUCCUGAAUCUGUAUGGUAAAACCCUGAAGUGCAGUUUCGUCUGUAAUGGAUCUGUUUGUCGGAGGUUGAACCGUGAAAAAAACAUAGCCACAUGUUUUACCCCGUCUUCAGAAUUUAUAUUUUUACUUUGGCACUUUCAUUUUUUGUAUUAUUUAUUUAACAGUUUACCUAUUUAGGUAAUUAUUAUAUACACAGUUGAGCUAACCAAUUUUAUAUACCUAUAUUAAUGAAAUGUUGUGCCUUUCCCAUUAAAAUAUAUGUAUUUUUAAGAAGUGAUUGAUGCUGUGUUUUGUUGUCUAUAGUGGAGGAGAAACUGUAACAGGGCGACAUCUAUCAGCUGAUCAUAUUUUCCCUCUACCUGGAGGUGUAUGAUAGAGAUCUCAUGAAGGUGGACAAUGAAUAUGUCUUU